AUGAAACUUCUCACGUGUGCCCUGUGGUGGCUCGCGCUGUUGGGCGAGGGGUUACUCACGCAGGCGAAGCACUUGUCAAAGUUCGCACCAUCACUAAAGGAAGAAGGAGAGCUAUUCGUAGAAACUCCAUACGAAUGCGAACAUAGUGGGUUUAUAAGCCUUCUCAGGGAGAACCCACUCUACUUCUGCUUCUUCGUGGGGGAAGGAGAUUCCUACGGUUUAGUGCUUCGGACUUACAACGCAGAAGACCUGAAAUGGGAACCUGCAACAGAGGUCCUACUGACAAAGCAAAAAAUAAACAUGUAUACCUUUAUUGAUGAUUAUAUCUCCGAGAAACUCGUUCUCAUUUAUUCGUUCGAUGAGAAAAUACGAGUAACCGUUUUUAAUAACUACAAAGAGCCAUCCACUGAAACGUACAAAAUAAGUAUCAACUAUGAGAUCGUACAGAUGGCGAAUGUGACAACUAGAGUGACAUACUUGUUUAAAAAUAGAAAAUCGGUUGCUGUUUGUGGUAUGAACAGAAGCAACAACAUCCUUUGCUCCUUCUCUUUCGAUUACGGACUGACAAUGAAGGAUGAAAACGCAAUCGAGUUUAUCCUAAAAAAUAAGAUCCCCAUGGGGAGUUACAAAAUGCAGGUGGAGUUUAAUCAGGAGUAUGUCUACUUCAACCUGUACGAUGAUGUUAUACAAGACAAUGAUUACGAGUUGAGAUGCAUCAAAGGGACUGAGAAGGAAUACACAUGUGAUAUCCUCACUAAGCCACUUAAAGAAACGGAAAGCAUUCAAUAUAGGGGUGUCUUGCGCAAUCGCAUGUUUCAGAGUAUCGUGUACGAGAUGAAGGACCGGUGUUACAUCGGUUGGUCGUUCAACUCGGUUAGCAUGAACAGCGAGAUCGAGAUGCCCAUUUCGGAUUCUCCCUGCUCGCACGUGUCACUCUUUCACCGGGGGACUUCCUUGGUGGUGGCUUACCAGCGGGGCCCCUUCGCCCCCCUGGGCCCCCAGUUGUAUCGCAUUUUCGAGAACCUGCACGAGAAGGGCGCCGGGUGCGAGUUCCGCGUGGGCGGCAGCCUGUACGUGGCCAGCACCUUCACCAACCUGCAGUGCCACAUCGACAUGGAAAACAUAGACGUGAACCCGGAAAACGAGGAUGAAAUCAGCUUCAACAUUGUGGUGCCAGCACAAUACGACAUACAGGAAUCCACCUGCUUUGUCUCCAACGAGAUGUAUGAUAAUGAUAAAACAACCUUGUAUUAUUUAGAGAGAGAUCAAGUAGAACAAGAAAAUAUCUCCAUUUUUACUUUUCUAUUUUAUCGAUAUAUAAUAGACCAUACCAAUGUGAAGGAGAGUACUUGCAUAUUCUCUCACAAGGAGAAAAAGGAAAAACUGAAAAUUUCUCUCACGUUGAAGAGUUCCUACAAGGAGGAUACAUGUGAUAUUGCAUCAGGAGAUUUAUGUGAUUUCAUUAUCCAGGGAAGAAGCAAAAUAGUGAUUCAUUUUGAUGAAGAAGAUUGGGAGAUGGAUAAAGAAUUCGUGAAUGCAUCCCGAGUGAUUUACAACGGGGUCCAUAUUUCUCUACACAACCUACUUAGCACAUCGAACAUUAACGAGCUCGUUCAAGUAACCACCAACAAAGUAGUUAUUCUUAUCCCUAGUACAAUCCCCAGCAGUAGAACCGCCCAAAUUGUAUUUAUGAAUAGACACGAGGAGGGAAGGACAAAGGUUGCAUAUCUAAGGGUGCAAAAAAAUAUGAACCCAAUAAAAAAAAUUUUGGGAAUAAAUUUUUCUUCAUCUUUUGAUAUCACCUACAAAUAUUUUAAGCACUAUCAGGAGAAUGUGAAAUUCUUGCUUAAUGAAUUUAACGAGACUAACUACAUAGGGAUGGUGUGUGAAACUCAUUUGGAGAUUACGGCCCCUCCAUGUACUCUAACCCUAGUGGAUCACUCCAAUAAAUCCUUUCAUAUUCAUUCAAUCUUCCCCCAAAAGGUCCCCUUCCUGUACAGCUACACAAAGAAGAAGCUACCCUAUGAGAAUAACCUCUACAUAAGUGAAACCAGGUUCGUUGUCUACAGGUAUUUCAACUCUAUCCUCGAACAGAAAAGUAUUAAAUAUCUCUACUUCAAGUGUGUAUGUAAUACAAAAAAAAGUGAAGGUACGGACACCUACAACCAAAUAGAUUUCAUUAUCACUACGGAAAAUAUUUCUUCUGAGGUUAUUCACUCCCGCAAAGUUAUUGAGCUUCCAAAAAAUUACAAAAACGACAGUGAGGAGGAAGAGGACAUGAACAACAACGCUCAACCAAAGGAGAGUAAGGAACUCCCUAAGUUUAAGCAAUCCGAUAGGGAACCACCACCAACCAAAAGGGGUGCCUCCUCAAAGCCCUACUCGAAACUCUCCGGCCUUAAUGACCCCUCCAGGAAGAAUAACUUCUACAGGAGUUGCGCCACC